ACACACACACACACACACACACACACACACACACACACACACUGUGUCUUUAGCGCCCUCUGGUGGUCGACGCUGAACUGCGCAGACAAGAUGGCGACCCCCGUGAGGACGUGGUGCUGCUCAGUGUUGAGACUCUCCAGCAGACAGUUCAGCACAACACGUGGAGCACAGGCAGGAGAGAAAUGGAGGAAAGAGCAGGGAUUGGCCCGGAGCGGCACAGAAUAUGGCCCGAUGACAGAUCUGCCUGAUUGGUCGUAUGCAGAUGGAAGACCAGCGCCUCUGAUGAAGGGACAGCUGAGAAGAAAGCAAGAGCGGGAAGAUCUAGCGAGACGUAUCGUGAUGCUGAGCACGGAGAUGGACAGAGGAAUGGAGGCCUGGAGGGAAAAACAGGAAGCGGCCAAAAGUAUGGAGGAGGACAAGAAGUCUCUUUUACUCAAACCUAAAGGGAGUCUAUUAAUGAAGAAAAAACCUCAAAGUUAGAGGCAAGAUCAUCAUCGUCAUCAUGUUGCAAUAUCCUUAUUCUGAACAAUAUGUUGAUUGUCAGCCUAUUGUAUAUUUGUGAGGACUUGUGGUGUUUUCUUCUUUACAAUUUGUGUACAUUUCUGCAAUAAAUGUUUCUGAUUUAUCUGAAA